ACUCAUUUGACAAUUCCCUCCAAUUUCCCUCUUUACUUCCUUCCCUUUCCUUUCUUCCAAAAAAUUCAAAAAAAAAUACCUCUACUCUCCACUUAAGCUAUACAGCCAAGAUUCUUCCUUUCUGCAAUAUCCGAGCAAAUCGCCAGAAGGGGUGAGGGAAAAGUGAAAUGGGUCAUCGUAAUCUCAGUCAUUAUAACCAUUUGGAGAACGAACAGUAUGAAUCAGUAGAUGGGUUAUUGACCCUUUUCACCAAAGCCAACCAUGACCUGACCAUGGUUCAGAACAAGCUCGAGAGGGAAUUUCGACAAUUCUAUCCUGAUAAUGUGAACCCCAUGAAGCUAGUUUCGAGGAUUAAGAAAGUUCAGGAUGAAAUGUCCAGCUUGAAGGAGCAGUGCCGUGAGCUACUUGCAGCUAAACAGGAUUUGAUUGAUAAAGCUCAGGCAACCUUAGUUGGGAACAGGUCGUUGCUGCAGAGGUUGCAAUUAUCCACAGGUGUUCCAGUCAUCAGUGAUUCUGAUGAUCCAUCAUAUGCUAGUUUCAACCAGGUCAUUGAUGAAUGGACAACUCAAGUCAGAUCAAGAACAGAGGAUGAAAGCCCUGAAUCAGGGGAAGAUAUCAACCAGAUGCUGUUUUCAGCAAUUGUCCAUGACAACUAAGGUGUCAUUCAGCCCCUGAACUGGGAAGAUGCUUGAUGUAAGAUGUCUAGUAUAUGAGCUUGUAUGAUAUAUCUUAUCAUGUUAUAGUCCAAACUGGAGAUUUUGCAAUGGUUUCUUGGAGCAUUCUUGUAUCUUUUGGUUCUUUAAGUUUACAUGUCCUUUCCUGCUAUUUCAGGCAGAAAUUAGUAACAUAAAGUAACUUUUUUUCUGUCACAAGAAGGUAAAAAAGAUUGUAAUACAUGUUAGAGAAUAAUGCUUCAUUGUUGGCACUUUCAUUUUAAAUUUGGUAUGGUAGGUGGCUUUUGACCCU